AUGCUCCGCACCACCCACGCAGCUCGCAGGGCCAUCCCCGGCAUCCACACCCAGGUCUCGGCGCGCCGCUUUGCUCACAAGGAACUCAAGUUCGGAAACGACGGACGACAGGCUCUCCUCGCAGGCGUCGACAUCCUCGCAAAGGCCGUCAGCGUCACCCUCGGACCAAAGGGCCGCAACGUGAUCAUCGAGCAGCCCUUUGGCGGACCCAAGAUCACCAAGGACGGUGUCACGGUCGCAAAGAGCAUCUCGCUCAAGGACAAGUUCGAGAACCUCGGCGCGCGCUUGAUUCAGGACGUCGCGAGCAAGGCCAACGAGGAGGCCGGCGACGGCACGACGACGGCGACCGUCCUCGCGCGCGCGAUCUACUCCGAGGGCGUCAAGAACGUCGCGGCGGGAUGCAACCCGAUGGACCUGCGCCGCGGGACCCAGGCGGCCGUCGAGGCCGUCCUCAAGUUCCUCGAGGCCAACAAGCGCGCGAUCACGACCAGCUCCGAGAUUGCCCAGGUCGCGACCAUCUCGGCCAACGGCGACGAGCACGUCGGCAACUUGAUCGCCCAGGCCAUGGAGAAGGUCGGCAAGGAGGGCGUCAUCACGGUCAAGGAGGGCAAGACGAUCGAGGACGAGAUCGAGGUCACCGAGGGCAUGCGCUUCGACCGCGGCUACAUCUCGCCGUACUUUGUCACCGACGUCAAGUCGCAGCGCGUCGAGUUUGAGAAGCCCCUCAUCCUCCUCUCGGAGAAGAAGAUCUCGCUCAUCCAGGACAUCCUCCCCGCGCUCGAGACGGCCGCCCAGGCCCGCCGCCCGCUCCUCAUCAUCGCCGAGGACAUCGACGGCGAGGCCCUCGCCGCGUGUAUCCUCAACAAGCUCCGCGGCCAGCUGCAGGUCGCGGCCGUCAAGGCCCCCGGCUUUGGCGACAACCGCAAGUCGAUCCUCGGCGACCUCGCCAUCCUGACGGGCUCGACCGUCUUCACCGACGAGCUCGACAUCAAGCUCGAGAAGCUCUCGCCCGACAUGCUCGGCACGACCGGUUCCGUCACCAUCACCAAGGAGGACACGAUCGUCCUCAACGGCGCAGGCGACAAGACGCUCAUCCAGGAGCGCUGCGAGCAGAUCCGCUCGGCCAUGAACGACCCCUCGACGUCCGACUACGACCGCACCAAGCUCCAGGAGCGCCUCGCCAAGUUGUCGGGAGGAGUCGCCGUCAUCCGCGUCGGUGGCUCGUCCGAGGUCGAGGUCGGCGAGAAGAAGGACCGCUACGACGAUGCGCUCAACGCCACCCGCGCCGCAGUCGAGGAGGGAAUCGUCCCCGGAGGCGGCACGGCGCUCCUCAAGGCCUCGCGCGUGCUCGACGAGGUCCCGCACGACAACUUGUUUGACCGCAAGCUCGGUAUCAACAUCAUUCGCCAGGCGCUCACCAAGCCUGCGCGCACGAUUGCCGAGAACGCAGGAGAGGAGGGGUCGGUCGUCGUUGGUCAGCUGCUCGAGAAGUACUCGGGCGACUUCGAGAUGGGCUUUGACGCGUCCAAGGGCACCUACGUCAACAUGAUCCAGGCCGGCAUCCUCGACCCGCUCAAGAUUGUCAAGAACUCGCUCGUCAAUGCUUCGGGUGUCGCAUCGCUCCUCUUCACCACCGAGGCCAGCAUCGUCGACGCGCCCGAGGAGAAGGGCCCCGCCCCCGGCGGCAUGCCCGGCGGCGGAAUGGGCGGCAUGGGCGGCAUGUUCUAA